AUGUGGUGGAGCAGAUAUGUGUUUCCUUCUGUUUCAGCAGCAUCAUACAAUGCACUAAACUAUGGAGCAAAUGGGUCUGGAGUAAAGUUUCAGAAUAGCAGGUUUCAGAAUAACAAGGAAGAAAGGAGUGACUCGGUGACUAUUGGGGUUGCAGAUGAGCACAUAGGGCUUGUUCUUGGCCGUGGUGGAAGGAAUAUCAUUGAGAUCAGUCAGCGUAGUGGAGCCAGGAUCAAGAUAUCAGAUAGGGGUGAUUUUAUGUCUGGGACAUCUGAUCGGAAAGUGACUAUCACAGGACCACAAAGAGCAAUCCGUAUGGCUGAAAACCUGAUAUUGAGCAAGAUCUCUUCUGCUUCUGAGGUGAUGAAGUAG